AUGAAGAGCCCCUAUGACGCAAACGUUCAUUUCGAGCACGUCGUUCUCACGUUUGAGUUCGAAAACCCUGUGACUGUCACCUCGAUAGAAAUGGACCUGUUUCUGUGUCCGGAAUGGGGCAUCGGUGCUCCGUACAUCGGACUCUUUGCAGACAACCACUCCCAGUUCGUGUAUGAUGAAAAUGACUUUUUAAUGGUCUACAGUCCACCCGCGGGAACUUGUGGCUGCCUCUCAAAUAUUUCCGUUCCAGUCAUAACCGGAGAGCCGCCCUACCCCUUCUGGCACAUCUUGAUCGCAUUUACCGACGCUCCGAGCAUGCAGUGGGUUCAUGUGGGUGAAGUUGUCUUCAGGGAUGCACCGAAUGCCAGUGAUGCUAACCCGACGACAUCUACUGACUGUAUUUUCGAACCUCCUCCAGUCAAUGAGUUUACCGCGCUCUUUCCUGUCUCUUCUUCAGUGGUUCCAGUCAGUUCUCUAACCCUGAGCACUCCCACAAUAGCUGCUACAGCUCUACCACAAGUUCCUGCCAUUGUCAACAGUCCUCCACCACUCAUGACAUUCCCCCCUACACUCCAGCCAAUAGCUUUACCACCGAGUCAAGUUUAG